AUGGCCUCCGCCGCGACCUCGUCGUCGCGGCCAGGCCCGUCCGGCGCCCCUCGUGCCUCCCAGACCUCGAGUCCCCGUCCUACCGGCGCCGGCCCCUCACGAUCGCCUGCUUCGUCGCGCAACACCGUCACCGAUCCCAUCCUCCGCAAUACCCUGCGCUACACAAUCUCCGCCAAGGAGUACGCCACCCUCCACAAGUACGUGCUGUCACGCUCGCGCCUGUUGAAGAGGGCAGCGCCAAGCGUCACUGCCGUUGAGCGCAUCGUCGACGGCGACAAGCCUGCCGCCGCGAGGCAGGCCGCCAGCAACCCCCCACCCGGUGCUGCUGCUGGUAGGGCCGUCGAUGAUUACAAUGCCCGCGCAGUCCGUCAUUCGCUGCGCGUCUUUCUCGGCACCGCCAUGGCCAUGAAGGGUUGGGCUCUCGUCUCGACCAAGUUUCUGGGCGGGAAGCAAGAUCUCAAUGCCAAGAAGCAGCCCCUCCACAAGUCGCCGACCCUACGCCUCUCCCUAUCCCUGUCCGCCAUCCUCCUCCUUUACCGCAUUCUCUUCCGCUUCCUCAACCGCCUGCGCGCCCACCUGCUCGAUCCCUCGGCAGCGCCUUUCCGCCAGAGAAACCCCCGCACGACCGCGACCCUGACGUCCCCCUAUGCCCCGGCCAUAGGUGCCUCGAUGGCCGGCUUAUUCCUCGGCGUCUACCCCGCCCAGCAGCUGCGUGUGACCAUCGCCAUAUACACCCUGUUCAGGGCGCUCGAGUUUGGCUGGAAUCUGUGCGAAGAAGAAGGCAUGAUUUGGGGCUUCAAGAGCGGGAGCAAGAUCAAGAGAGAGAGGCCUUGGUGGUGGGGCAGCUGGCUCAUUCAGCCCUUCGCUUUUGGGCAACUGCUGCAUGCCGUCGUCUUUGAUAGGGAUUGCUUCCCCGAGUCUUAUGGCGACUUCAUCUUCAAGAACUCCUCGGCCUACCUCCACCCCAGACCAGAAGACUACCCGUCCCACCUCAAAUGGCCCAAGGCCUUGGAGAUUGUCGAAAACCUUGCCCAGAUGGCGAGGCUGAACUGGCCACCCUACAUCUCUCCAACUCUCUUCCCCAACAAAGAGACACUCCCGCCAACCCUCACCGCCGUCGCCCCCCUCACCUCAUCCGCCCAUCCCAUCAUCACCUCACUGUCGUGCGCAACCCUUCACCCUUCAGACCCUUCAUGUCUCCGCACCUACCUCAACUUCUGGCUUGGGUCCUUCCCCGGCUUCACGCGCUUCUUCCUCGUUGUCUACUCGGUCAUGACGAUUGUUCCGCGUUUCCGGUCCUUGUAUCACUCGCCGCUCACGACUCUGCAGCGCAUAUUGACCAAGGCGUUGAGAAUGAGCACAUUCCUCACCGGCGCCAUCUCCACCGCCUGGGCAAGCAUUUGCUUCUUCCAACAGUGGUUCCCCCGCACCUUCUUGCCGACUCAGAGGUUCUUCUUUGGCGGAUUUCUCGCCGGCCUCUGGGCCUGGGUUGAGCGGAAGAACGGCCGCGGCGUGUUCCUCUACUCUGCGCGCGUAAGCGUCGAUUCACUGUGGAAGGUAGGCGUCAAGAGGAGAUGGUGGAAGGCCAUGAAGGGCGGCGACGUGUGGGUGUUUGUCAUGGCGCUCAUGCUCACCGGUGUUGUCUACGAGAGAGACGCGAGAGCUGUCAAAGAGGGUGGCUGGAGGAAGGGCAUCAGCUGGGUCCGAGGUGAGGGUUUCAAGGACUGGAGCAUCGACGAGGACGUUGAGGAGGAGAACACCGACAAAGCCGACUAG